AUGUCAACCACAGAAUCCCAGUCCUACACCCCUGACAUACCCUCGGAGCCUGUCACCAAAACCACCGACAACAUCCAUGUAGAGCUUACUCCCCACGACCUCGACUCUCUCGCCGCCACGCGCUUUGUCCGCUCUCCAUCUGCAGGUGCGACUGUGCUCUUCAUAGGCACAACGCGCGACUCCUUCAACGACCAGCCUGUCUCGUCAUUAUCCUAUACGUCAUACGCGCCCCUCGCCAUCUCGACCCUGUUCAAGAUUGGUACCUCUAUACUUGCCAAGCACUCUUGUACCAAGAUCGCCAUCAUCCACAAACUAGGCGAAUGCCCAAUUGGUGAGGAAAGUAUCGUGAUUGCUGUCUCCGCCCCACAUCGCCAAGCGGCGUGGAGGGCCGGCGAAGAGGCGCUCGAAGAGACAAAGGAUAGAGCAGAAAUAUGGAAGCUAGAAAGAUUUGAAGGUGGUGAAGGUGUUUGGAGAGCAAACCGAGACGGCCAAAAGGGUGUCAAAGUGGGAUAG